AUGUAUAACUGUAACAGUUUUUUCAAUGGAUUUGCUGGAUUUGUUUUUGCUAAUGAGGAAUUGCGGAAUGCUAUCGAACGUUUGGCUGUGUUUGUUGCAAAGAACGGACCAGAGUUUGAGAAGAUGACCAUGGAGAAGCAGGAAGGGAAUCCAAAAUUUGCUUUUCUUUAUGGCGGCCCAUUUAAUGAAUACUACCGAUUUUGUGUUGAUAUGGAAAUCCAAAAACCAUCCUAUAAAGUGCAGCAAUUAGGAAAGGAGAUGCGCGGUGGUCCUCCUCCUUCGCAUCCGUCUCUCCCUCCGCAUCCAGGAAAUGGCUGUCCACCUCUUGGUCCUCCACCUCCAGUUGAGUCAGAGAUUAUCAGAAGGAUGAAUACGCAAAAAGAGCAACUUAGACAGCAAAUCACGGACAGUGAGAGAAAUUUGAAAGCCCACCACGACGCGAUUCCUGCUAUGAAAGAGGUGGCACAAGUGGCACAGGCAGUCGUGCUUUCGGAAUCCCAGAAAAUGACGCAGAUUCUUGCUAAUGUCAAUUUCGACGUAACUCCUCUCGGAGCUAUACUGGAUCAACUUAAUGCUGGGAAAUGCUCUAAGGAUCUUGUCUCGACUAGUCGAAAGUGGAUAUUUGAGCACUGUCAGACUGAUCAACUUCGUGAAGUUGUUCUCACUUAUCUUUUGAGCAGAGUCAAAGAUGCUCAAGCCAACGAUAACUUUCGAUUGAAUGUUCUUUAUGUUAUAAAUGAUUGGGCGUAUCAGUGGUACUCAGCGAAAGCGUCUCGAUUCACAAACACAAAUGCUCUCUCGCUAUGUUCCACAGAUGUAUGCUUUUACCGUGGAAUUGUCUACAGAUGCCCUAAUGCAGCAGAAAUUGGACAAACUUAUAGGCGUAUGGGAGGGACACAAAUACUUUAA